AUGCCGCCGCGCUGGCUGUCGCUGUGCUGGCUCUGCGCGUUGCGGCGACCGCGCGCCGCGCCCCUCGGCGGCCGCGGCUUCCUCUUCGCGUCGGACGAGGCGGACCUGCUGCUGACGGCGGCCGCGCGGCUCAAGGCCGUGGUGCCCGGCGCGCGCGUCGCCGCGGUCUGCGACGCGACGGGCGCGGCGGUCAUCGCGGCGGCGGAGACGGCCGCGCGCGAGACGCUCUUCGACGCCGUCAUCGUGACGGCCGCGGUCUCGCGGCCGGAGGCGCUGAACGCGACGCCCUUCGACGCCACGGUCGCCUUCGACGCCGACGGCCUGGCCUGCGACGGCUUCGGCGCGGCGCUCGACGGCGACGUCUGGCCGGCGCUCGCGGACGCGGACGUCGUCGGCGUCUUGGACGCCGAGGUGCCGGCGUCGAAGGUCCGCGCGAAGCGCUACCCGGCCCGCGACGUCUACAAGUGGUCCGACACCUUCCUCGCCUUUGCGCGCACCGCGGAGACGGCGCGGCUCUUCGAGGCCUGGCGCGCCGCGGGCGACCUGCGGCGGUCGCUCGCGGAGCGCGCGGUCUACGGGUCCCUCCGGACGGCGCUCCUGCGGCCCGCGCCCAACUGCGCCGCGCCGACGUACCAGUGCGGCGACAACGCCUGGAACCCGCGGGGCGCGCGGGCCUGCGCCGUCGUGCACGGCCGCGCGUUCAACGACAAGGACCGCGAGGCCGCGGAGUCGCUCGACCGGCGGCCGCCGGGCGGCGCCGCGGCGGUCGUGGCGCGGAAGGGCCUCCUGCUCCGCGAGGGCUACGCGACGGACAGCGACAAGGUCUGCGAAGCGCGCAAGGGGUCGUUCGUGGUGGCCCUGGGCCCGCAGCGCGACGUCGGCGGCGUCUGCCGCCUCGAGGUCGUGACGCCGGAGGGCCUGCGGGGCUGGUGCAGCCUCAAGGCGCAGCUCCUGGCGCCGCGCGACGACGGCGAGCAGCCGAGCGCCGAGGAGGCCAUGGCCGAGCUCGUCGUCGCCGCGCUGUCGUCGCGCGCGCACCGCGAGCUCGCAAUCGAGCAGCUCAUGUUCAUGGGCGGCGAGCGCGGCGCCGCGGGCGCGCGGGCGGCGCGGGGGCUCGUGGCCAUCGCGAGCUCGGCGUCGGGCUUCGAGGUGGCGUCGUCGCGGCCGGGCGCGCGCGACCGGGCCUGCGCGGUCGCGCUCCUCGGAUGGAGCGGCUCGGACCUCUGCGACCUGGACCUGCCCGCGGCGGUCUACGCGGCCAAGUGGCCCACGGCGGACAUCAUCCGCUACGUCGAGCCGACGCUCGUCCAGGCGCCCCUGCGCUGCGUCGCGGCCGGCGAGCGCGCGCUCCUCGACGCGCGGCUCCGGGCGGCGGUCUUCGAGAGCUGCCCGGCGUCGGACGAGCCGUCGUCCGCGGAGCUCGCGGCGACGCUCGACGAGCUCCUCGCGGAGCUCGCGGACCCGGACGCGACGCUCAAGCGCUUCGACGCCUACGACGCGCUCGUCGCCGAGGCGGACCGCGCCGCGCGCGACGCGGUGCCGGGUCUCGAGGCCGCCGUCGCGCAGGCGCGCUUCGGCGACGACUUCCCGAGCGGGCCGCGCCAGGGGGGGCGCGUGCCGGGCAUCCCGUCCCUCUUCCUCGUGCCGGCGGGCGACCCCCUCGUGAAGGAGUUCCUCGACGCGCGCGGCGCGGCCGCGGCGCGCGACGGCCUCCAGCGCCGCGACUCGACGGCGAUCUUCGACGGCGGGACGCGGCGCGGCGACCACGACCCGGACGCCUACGGCCGGGCCAUCACGUCCUUCCUCGCGGGGCCCUGCGGCCUGCCGACGGUGCGGGCCGCGGCGCCCGCGCCGGGCCGCCGCGACCGCGCGUCGCACCUCUCGCUCGCGCCGAGCCUCGCGCUCGAGGGCCCGCCGCCCGCGAGCCCCCGGAGCCCGCUGACCCUCGACGUGUCGCCGCCGCCGGACGCGAGCGACGACGACGACGCGCCGACGAGCGACGCGCGGUCGCCGCCGCUCGCGCGCCGCGGCCUCGUCGCGCCCGCGGCGCUCCCGUCGCCGUCGCGCCUGUCGCCGGCGAGCCUGUCCCGGGACCUGCCGCCCUCGUGGGCGCCGCUGUUCCCGCGCCUGACGAAACUGGACUGCGGCACGAACGCGAGCAACCACGCGCUCCGCGUCGACCGCGUCGUCAAGGCGCUCGAGGCCCUGCCGGACGUCGCGCACGUGGACUUCGACGGCGUGUCGCUCGGCGCGGGCGAUCUGCCGCGCAUCGUCGACGCCGCCGGCGACCGCCUCGUGACGAUUGAUUUCGAGGACGCCUGCGUGCCCGUCGGCGACCUCGUCGACUGCUGCGCGCGGUGCCCGCACCUGCGGCGCCUCACGCUUCCCUGCACGACGGGCUGCCCGGACUUGGAGCGGCGUCUGGGCGACGUCGCGGCGGCGGCGCCGAAGCUCGCGGGCUGCAUCCUGCCCGAGGCUGUGCCCGAGGACAGCUGCAUCGGCGACGAGGACCUCGAGCCCUUUUUCGCGGGGCUCGCGCUGACGCACUGCGAGAUCCGCCUCAGCGACUACGCGACGAACGCGGCGCUCUAUUGCCUGUUGAACGGGCCGUCGCGCGAGACGCUCCGCAUCUUCUCGGUGGAGCACGCGCCGGGCGUCACGAUCCGCGGCGUGCUGGCCGUGGUCAUGGACUGCCCGAGGCUGUCGCACCUGCGCUGGGUCGCGAGCCGCGACUCGGAAGAUCUGGUGGACGACCUCGAGACGAUCCGCGAUGUGCUGGCGCCGAAGCGCUUCCACCUCCCGCGCUGGCCCGGGCGGAGGAAGUCGAAGACGGACGUGGCCGACGCGGAGGUCGCCAUCGCCGUCUUCUUCGACGUCGUGCUGAAGGCGCGCGGGGGCGGCGCGCUGAUCGAGCUUUCGCGCCGUAUUAGCUACACAGUUCACACGAAGAUGAAUUGGAACGCGUUCCUGCUCCUCGCGCUCGGCGUCGUCGCGAAUGCGUCGGUGUUCGACGGCCUCGAGGGGUCCGACGCCAGCCCCGAGGCGGUCCCGUCCGACGACGCCGAGGACGCGGACGUCGAUGGUCUACCGGGCGUCGAGGACUCGGCCCGCCAUCUCUCGGAAGCGUGCGCGGACUCGGAGACGUGGUACCAGGGCACGAAGAAGUGGAAGACCUGCGCGUGGGUCGGCAAGUCGCCCGCGAAGCGCUGCAAGGCCGCCUGGGUCAUACACGGCGUCAAGGCCAAGGUCGCCUGCCCCGUGGCGUGCGGCAUCUGCCCCACGACGUUCUGCGCGAUUGAGCAUGAAUCGUGCCGAUUCGGGUCACUGACGAACUACGCCAUCAUGCACGGCUGCGGAACGCACGAGCUCCCGCGAAAUCAGGACAUGGCAUGGAUCGUCGCCUUCGUCAAGUUCCCGCCGUUCAAGGACGCCGAGGGCAAAUUCGACCACACGCAACACUGCUACAUCUGCAAGCGCUCGCCGCCCGCGACCAGGGCGGCUACACCUUCGUCGAGCACGACAAGGCGGUAG